AAAAGAUAACAGAUAAAUGAAGAGAGAGGGAAUAGAUGAUUACAUCCUCCAUUGUCUUAAAAAUCAAGAGAAGAUUAAGCGCGUCUCGCGUAUAAAUUAAAGGGUUUAUACAGGUCUCAGAGAAACGACAAACUGACUGUCUGGUGGGUUUUGACAUGACCGGGCCAGUCCAGCGAUGACACGUCCCCAAAGUCACCGCCGCCUCUCCACCUGCCACCGUCACGUAGCUGAACCCGUCACCGGCUUCUGCGCCUCUUGCCUCCGAGAACGCCUUGCUUCCAUUGAUUCCGACACCCGCCAUGAAACCUCUACCUCCAUCAUCUCUUCCACAGUGCUCCGCCGCAGCAAAUCGUACUCUGCAAGCCGUGCUGAGAACCCUGAGGGCUCCUCAGUUGCCGAGCCGCGCCGGAAAUCAUGCGACGUUGGAUCUGGGAGCACUCUCUCCGAUCUCUUCAGUCUCGAUGACAAACGAAGAAGAUUGAGAGGGUCAAAUUUAGGGUAUGAAUUGAAAGAAGUCGAGGAGAAUGAGGAAGAGAUUAGAGUUUCUGACAAUAUUAAUCGAGUUGAAAAUGCGAGGGCUAUAAAUGAGGAAGUCAAUGUGCAUGAUGAUUUUGAAGAGGACGGAGGGUUCAAGACCAUGAAGGAAUUUAUAGAUCUUGAAUGGGACAGCAAGAAGAAUAGAAGAGAUUUAUGGGAAAUCGCUGGGAACUUUUUGGGGGCGGCUUCAAUAUUCAGCAAAAAAUUGAGGAAAUGGAGGCAGAAACAGAAGAGUAAACAGCAGCAUUCCCAUGAUAGUCUGGUAGAAGUUGAGAAGGCGAUUGUAAGUGUAAACCAGCUCAGAGAGACACAAUCGGAAAUUGGAGAGAAUGGUUUUGGGAGGAGAUCUUGUGAUACUGACGCAAGAUUGUCCCUUGAUCUGGGACGAAUAUCAUUUGAUGAGCCUAGGGCAUCCUGGGAUGGGUGUUUGAUCGGUAAACCAUAUCCUAGACUUACGCCAUUAGUCCCAGUUGAAGAGAAGGGGAAUUUGAGCAGUGAAGGGGAGAGGAGUCCUGGUGGAACUGCCCAGACUAGGGACUACUAUGGGGAUUCACUGAAUCCACAGAGGCGGAGAAGGAGCUUUGAUCAUUCUGGAUGGAACAUGAGAGUGGGAUUGGGAGACGUUGAUAAUGCCAAUGCUGUGCCCAAUGCUAAGAUGUCACCUGAAACUGUUGGAUUAUUUCAUGGGGCUAAGCUGUUAAUUACAGAAAAAGAGUUAAGGGAUUCGAAUUGGUACUCUUUCAAAGAUUACAGCGCAGAGAGUGCCAAGGCUGCUGGCCAGAAUGCUGGUUCUUAUGUUGGCGAAGAUGUAUACAACGUCAAGAAGUCGCGGAAGUGGCUUAAUUUACGAAGCAUUUGGGGUUUGAUGCAUAGGAGUGAAAGUAAAUGUGGCCAUGAAGCAAAAGCUGGUGAAGGAACUGUGGCUGAUGGGUCAUUAGCUGAGUCUUGGCAGAAGUUGAGGAGGGUGGCUAAUGGAGAAGCAAAUGAGGCUUUCAGUGAUAAGCUUAUGCGCAGUUAUAGUGUAAGCACCAGAAACCUCUGUAAAUUAGAGCGAACUUGCACGGAGACGAAAGACAAACAAGAUGACCUCGUACUUCAGCGAAACAGGAGUUCCAGGUAUUCUCCCAACACUCUUGACAAUGGCCUAUUAAGGUUCUAUUUAACACCUUUGAGAGGUAAUGGAAGGAGCAAAGCUGGUAACAGUAGGUCAAAGGACUCACAAUCAAUGGCAAGGUCUUGUAAAGGAAAAAUAAAUUGUUCUUAAAUGGAAUACCAUGCUGAGAGACAUGUCUUCUCUCCUUAAUACUUAAGCUAAAAUCAAACUAUGUUGUUAUGUUCUCUCUGAUAAAUAUCUUAUAAUGGAGCAGCCAUGGAAGUUAACAAAGAUAGUUCUGUUUGCCAUAAUUUUAUUGUUCCUUUGUAUUCAGUAAUCACAUUUCAUGAAAUUAUCUAUUUGUUGUUCUCCUUA